UACUAUUACACAGGAGUACGUUAUUGGUUGCCGCUGAUCCUAUACAUAGUUGAAGGUAUUUGCCAACCAUUUCGCAACUCAGCCUCUUCUCUGCUUCUUUCUUUUUAACUCCAACUAUCAUCCAAGCCUUGCAAGAAAAAAUAUGAUAUGUAGAACAGUUCCCAAGUUUCUAAACAGAAACGAACUCAAUCGUCUGGAAGAAACCUGCUCUCAUCUCAUUUCAAUCUGCAAUUCGAAAUCAUUAAAAGAGGGCAUUUGUGUUCAUAGCCCAAUUAUCAAGCUCGGUCUUUAUGGUAAUCUGUAUCUGAGCAAUAACUUGCUUACUCUUUAUGCGAAACGGUUUGGGCUGAAACAAGCACGCAACCUGUUUGAUGAAAUGCCUGACAAAGAUGUGGUGUCCUGGACUACAAUGCAGGCUGCUUAUGUUAGGAACAGAAGCUACAUUGAGGCUUUUGAAUUGUUUGAUUUGAUGGUUAUAUUGGGUCAUUGUCCAAACGAGUUCACACUUUCAACUUUGCUCCGUUCAUGCUCGGAAACUGGAGAACUGGAGCUUGGAGCUUGUGUCCAUGGUUAUGCCAUAAAGGGUGGCUUUGAGUCGAAGCCAGUUCUGGGCUGCACCUUGAUUGAUAUGUAUGCAAAGUGUGAUUGCACUGAGGAAGCUUGUGAAGUUUUCAGAAAUAUGGACAAUGCUGAUACCGUUACUUGGACCGCGACGAUUUCUUCAUUGGUGCAAGCACAGAAAUGGAAUGAGGCUCUGCAAUUAUAUAUCACUAUGAUUGAGUCUGGGGUCACUCCUAAUGAGUUCACUUUUACAAAACUUUUAGCCACAAUCAACUUUCUGGAUUUGAAAUAUGGGAAAUUACUCCAUAAUCAUGUGAUAACAUUUGGAGUCGAUCUGAACGUACUUUUGAAGACGACCCUUGUUGAUAUGUACUCGAGAUACCAAGAAUUAGAAGAUGCUAUGAAGGUGGCAAAUCAGACGGCUGAGAAAGAUGUGCAUCUAUGGACCUCUAUCAUCUCUUGCUUCAAUCAGAAUCUGAAGGUAAAGGAAGCUAUUGCUACAUUACAGGAGAUGAGGAUAUCUGGAAUUCCGCCCAACAGUUUCACAUAUUCCAGUGUGUUAAGUGCCUGUACAUUGAUACCAUCACUUGAAUUAGGGAAGCAAAUCCACUUGCAGGUAAUCUUGGCUGGUUUGGAGGCUGAUGUUUGCGCUGGGAGUGCACUAAUUAAUAUGUACAUGAAAUGUUCUGACUCAAUAAACGAUGCCUUGAGAGUGUUUAGGACAAUAACUUCCCCAAAUGUUAUUUGUUGGACUUCUUUAAUAUCUGGUCUAGCCGAACAUGGUUGUGAGCAAGAUUGUUACAGAUAUUUUCUGGAUAUGCAAGCAGCAGGGGUGCAGCCAAAUUCUUUUACUCUUUCUAGCAUCCUUGGGGCCUGCAGUUCAGCAAAAUCACAAAAUCGAACAUCGAUGUUCCAUGGAUAUAUACUAAAAAUUAGAGCUCACCAUGAUAUCAUUGUUGGGAAUGCUCUUGUGGAUGCUUAUGCUCGAUCUAGGAUGGUGGAUGAAGCUUGGCGAGUGAUUAGCACAAUGAAUCAUCGAGAUGCCAUCACUUACACCAGCCUAGCAACGAGAUUGAAUCAGAUGGGUGAUCAUGAAAUGGCACUAAAAACCAUAAGUUCCAUGCGUGAUGAUAAUGUUAGGAAGGAUGAGGUUAGCUUGGCAAGCUUGAUAUCUGCAGCAACUGGCCUAGGCACAGUUAAAAUUGGGGAGCAACUUCACUGUUAUUCUUUGAAGUAUGGCUUAUAUAACACCCGUUCAGUUAAAAAUAGUUUGAUUGACUUGUAUGGCAAGGUUGGAUGCUUGAAGGAUGCUCAAAAAGCUUUUGAAGAAAUAACCGAACCAGAUGUGGUUUCUUGGAACGGAAUGAUAUCUGUAUUAGCACUCAAUGGGCAUGUCUCCUCCGCUCUCUCUGCCUUCGAUAAUAUGAGAUUGGCUGGCCUGAAGCCCGAUUCUAUCACGUUCCUAUUGAUACUUUCAGCUUGCAGUCAGGGUGGUUUGGUUGAUUUUGGCAUGCAUUAUUUCCAAUCUAUGAGAGAAAUACAUUAUGUAGAACCAGAAUUGGAUCAUUAUGUUUGUUUAGUUGAUCUCCUUGGCCGCGCUGGACAGCUAGAGAAGGCGAUGGAAGUUGUUGAAUCAAUGCCAUUCGAGGCAGAUGCCAAGAUCUACAAGACAUUGUUGAGCGCCUGUAAAUUGCACAAAAACAUGCUGCUUGGAGAAGAUGUCGCAAGAAGAGGCCUUCAACUUGACCCAUAUGAUUCAUCUUUCUAUUUGCUUCUGGCCAACUUGUACGAUGAAUUGAACCGACCCGAUUUGAGCAAAGAAACUCGUAAGCUAAUGCGGGAUCGUGGAGUGAGGAAGAGUCCCAGCCAGAGCUGGACAGAAUUAAGCAAUAGUAUUCAUCUCUUCAUCACAGGAGAUAGAUCACACCCUCAGAUCAAUGAUAUCCAAGAAAAACUAGAAUUCCUCAAAGCUGAGUUCAAGGUUAGGGGAUUUUUGUAUCAUGGCGAUGAAAAUUCAUCUCAUCACAGUGAAAAACUAGCUCUUGCAUUUGGUCUUAUCAAUUUGCCACCAAAAGCUGUUAUACGUAUAAUGAAGAACAUAAGCAUUUGCAGAGAAUGUCAUGACUUUAUAUUGCUUGUCACAAAGGUUGCAGAGAGAGAAAUAGUUGUGAGAGAUGGGAGUAGACUCCAUGUGUUCAAAAAUGGCAGCUGCUCUUGCAGGCACUACUCAAGAUCAUGAACCCUGCUACUAUAUAUGGAGGCUCUGUGGCUGUCCAAAAUCCAUCUUAAUUGAUACUUAUUCUCAAAUUUCUAUUUUGUAAUUGGUUUGAUUAAUCAUAUCCAGCAAUUGGGGCCAGAAUAUACAUAUUCAAAUUGGUCAUUCUCAAAACCUAUCCAUGGGGUUGAUGCGCACAGUAAAAUUUAGACAAGGCAAUGAAAAGGUAAAUUUAUGUAAUUCCAGAAUUGGGUAAAGAUUAUUGAAGUACGCGACUUUGUCAACAAUCAUUCCUGCAUACAGGCACUCUAUUGGAGAACAAACAUAAUUAGAUAACAUCAAGGGCAAAAA